AUGAGCUUUGCUUCAAAUCUUGAGAAGCUUCACUUGUGGAGCAAUAAUCUCAGUGGAAAAAUUCCUGAUUCUAUCUCCAAUGUUUCUAAGCUCACAAUCUUAGAAUUACAAGGAAACUCAUUCUUUGGCCUUAUUCCAAAUACACUUGGCAAUUUGAGGUUCCUUGAGAAAUUGCGCCUUAAUUCGAAUCAUUUGACCACCAAAACUUCUACUCAUGAGUGGAGCUUUCUCUAUUCCUUGGCAAAUUGCAGGCAUCUAAGAAUUUUAGACCUAUCAAUCAAUCCAUUGAAUGGCCUUCUUCCAACUGCUAUCUCAAAUCUUUCCACAUCACUUCAAAAUUUAAGGGUCGUUGAUUGCAAAAUUAAAGGCAGCAUUCCCAUGGAAAUUGAUAGCUUAAGCAACGCUAUAUCGUUAGACCUUUCCUCUAAUAAAUUGACUGGACCUAUUCCAACAACAAUGGGAAGGCUAAAAAAUCUCCAACUUUUGAAUCUUUAUGGAAAUAAGUUACAAGGCUCUGUCCCACCUGAUCUUUGUGGUUUGAAGGGAUUGUACAAAUUAUCAUUGGGUGCUAAUGAGCUUGAUGGACCAUUACCAACAUGUUUAUGUGAGUUGACUUCUUUGAGAUAUCUAAACUUGUUCUCCAACAAAUUGCAUUCGCAAAUACCUUUAAGUUUUUGGAGCCUUAAAGAUAUCUUAGAAGUAGACUUGUCAUCAAACAAUCUUAGCGGUUCACUUCCACUUGACAUUGGAAAUUUGAAGGUACUUAUCUCUUUGAAUUUGUCAAGGAAUUUAUUAUCAAGUGAUAUUCCAUCCACAAUUGGAAGUUUCCAUGAUCUGCAAGUUUUGGAUCUUUCUAGAAAUAGAUUACAAGGUCCUAUUCCAAAAUCAUUGGGCGACUUGAUGAGUUUGAAAAGCUUGGAUUUAUCUAACAACAAUCUCUCUGGAGUCAUUCCCAAGUCUUUGGAAAAACUUUAUGAUCUCAAUUAUUUUAAUGUGUCUUUCAAUAGAUUGGAAGGAGAAAUACCAAGUGGAGGGCCCUUUUCGAACUUCACAGCCAAAUCAUUCAUAAAAAAUUAUGCACUAUGUGGUUCACCUAGACUACAAGUCUCACCUUGCAAAAAUAAAAUCCAUCGAAAUUUCAAGAAGACUGCUCGUCAUUCUUUGAGGUAUGUUUUACCAACAUUUGUUUCAACCAUAAUAGUUGUAGCCUUCAUAGUUGUCUACAAAAAAUGGCAGCACGGGGGUAUAAAUUUGGCAAUUGUUGAAGAUUUAAUUCCUCCUAAAAAUUGGGUAAGAAUUUCUUAUAAUCAACUAUUGGAAGGGACUAGUGGAUUUAGUGGAAGCAACUUACUUGGUUCAGGAAGUUUUGGCUCUGUAUACAAAGGAAUACUGUCAGAUGGGACAGAUGUUGCAAUAAAAGUUUUCAAUUUGCAAAUAGAAGGAGCAUUUAAGAGUUUUGAUGUUGAAUGUGAAGUGAUGAGCAAUAUUCUUCAUCGCAAUCUUGUCAAGAUCAUUACUUGUUGUUCUACUAUUGAUUUCAAAGCUUUAGUGCUUGAAUUCAUGCCUAAUGGGAGCCUUGAGAAAUGGUUAUAUUCUUACAAUUAUUUCUUGGAUAUCUUACAAAGAAUCAACAUAAUGAUAGAUGUUGCAUCAGCAUUAGAAUACCUCCAUUUGGGACAUCCGGUUCCUGUAAUCCAUUGUGACCUAAAGCCAAGUAAUAUCUUACUUGAUAAAGAUAUGGUUGCGCAUGUUGGAGAUUUUGGAAUUGCCAAGCUAUUGGGAGAAGGAGAUUCCAUCAAACAAACAAUGACACUAGCUACUAUUGGCUAUAUGGCACCAGAAUACGGAUCAACAGGAAUUAUUUCGAUAAAGAGUGAUGUCUAUAGUUAUGGUAUUCUAUUAAUAGAAACUUUCACGAGAAAGAAGCCUACAGAUGAUAUUUUUGUUGGAGAAAUGAGUAUGAAGCAUUGGGUGAAAAGGUCAUUAUCUGAAGAAAUAAUUGGUGUAAUAGAUUCUAGUCUGGUGCAAAAAACGGAUGAAUAUUUUGUUACUAAAGCAAAUUGUAUAUCGUUGAUCAUGAGAUUAGCUUUGGAUUGUUCAGCUGAAUUACCUGAAGAUAGGUUAGAUAUGAAAAAUGUUGUCUCCAUGCUGAAGAAUAUCAAAAGAGAAUAUCUGAACAACCUUGAGCAAGAUUAA